AUGCCCACCCGAGCUCUCGUGAAGAUGACCAAGAUUAGCAACAGCGACUCCGAAUGCGAGUACGAGCUUUUGUAUCCCGGAGACGAUCGCACUAAAGAGAUACUGAAUAACAGCGACUACUACCAAAAGUAUUUUUUAAAUACCGAUGCAUUGUCCGAGUCCAUGCUCUACUUGUGCGGUAGCUUUCCGGUGCGAAUGACGCCACUAGUCGCGUCAGCUUUGGUUCAAAGGUUCACAAAUGUGCGUUUUAAUUGGACAACCAAGACGCUUCAGUCCUUUCUAGAAGUGGUCUGUUGGACUAGUGUCACGUAUGCCACGUACUCGCUCUACGAUGACAUUUUACUUGCCUUAGAGGUUGGUACUUUUGUCGGUGCUAUGAUGUCAAUCUGCGACGAAAUUGUACUGCAAUUUGUGCGUGGACUUGCGCGCGUGAUUCGCAAUCAACCAGGAGGUGGAGAUUUACUGCAACGACUUGGUUUUGAUGUGCCAAAGAAUGGCAAGGCCCCAACAGAUGGCCAAGAAAUUGUGCUUCUAAAAAAUUUAGUUUUCGGGUACUUUGGUGUAGUGGCGGUACGUUCUUUAUGGGAGAAUUUCCAGGACGUCAAGAUAUUUGCAUUGCUCACGGCGUGCACUGGUGUGGCGUUUGUAUUUACGGCCGAGUUCUUCUGUCUCUGGUUACCAACGCGACGGGUGGGAUUGACGCUUCAGUCACGGUUUACAAAGGUCAGAAGUAAUUGGCAAAAUCACGGACUUCGCUCUUUAAUCGAGAUACUCUGCUGGAUACUAUCGACAAGUUACUUUUACUACAGCUCAGAAGACUUUUGGUGGGCCUUUCAAAUGGGCACACUGGUCGCUGUUGGGGUGAGUCUGAGCUCUGGAUUGGACCACCUCGUAGACAUUGACGUUAAUUGGACUGAAAAUCUCGCAUACGGCUUCUGUGACGAGGUUGCUUUGGACGACUCAUUUAUGAAGCUAGCAGGUUUGUUGGUAAAAGUUCAGCAUUCACUUGAAGCCUUUGGCCGCGUUGUCGAGAUGGAGGCCAUGAAUAUGUACGAAAAUUUUGGCGAGUAA